UCCUCCAAACAUUUAAAGAACACUAAGAGCUGACGCAACCGGUAGCUGAUCCAUUAGCUCUCUCACAGCUAGCGCUAUAGCUGUUCAGUUCAGACACCAUGAAUCAGGAGAAAUACCCCCGCUCUUCUAUUGAAGAUGAUUUUAAUUAUGGCACUAACGUCGCCACGGCGAGCGUCCAGAUCCGUAUGGAUUUCCUACGGAAAGUGUACACCAUCCUGUCGCUGCAGAUCAUCGUAACCACAGCUGUGUCUGCCCUCUUCAUGUUCUGUGAGCCCAUCAAGAACUUUGUGCAUUCCAGCCCCUCAGUGGUAUUGGUGUCAGCUAUUGGCUCCCUGGUUUUACUUCUAGCCCUGGCUAUCUAUCGUCACCAACACCCACUCAACCUCUACUUGCUGUUUGGAUUUACCCUGUUGGAGGCAGUAUCUGUGGCCACAGCAGUGACAUUUUAUGAAUACUCAGUGGUGCUCCAGGCCUGCAUCCUCACAUCCGCUGUGUUUGCUUGCCUGACUACCUACACCUUCCAGUCCAAGCGCGACUUCAGCAAAUUGGGAGCUGGGCUGUUUGCUGCUCUUUGGAUCCUGAUCAUUGCGAGCUUUAUGAGGCUGUUCUUCCAAAACGACACGAUGGAGCUGGUGUUUGCUGGUUCUGGUGCACUGCUGUUCUGUGGCUUCAUCAUCUACGACACACACCUGCUGAUGCACAAGUUGUCUCCUGAGGAGCACGUGCUGGCCUCCAUCAACCUCUACCUGGACAUAGUCAAUCUCUUCCUUCACAUCCUGCGUAUCCUCGAUUCCCUGAAGAAGAACUGAGAGAUUUAGAUUGAAUGUCUGUCUAUCUGGACUGUCUGCUGCUCCAGGGGUGAACUCAGAGUAUUGCCAUGUUGGUGCUCAAUUGAAAAGACACAGGUUCCAUUGGUUUUAAAUUAUCUUCAAUUAUUUUGAUCUGGUGUCCUGAAACAAAACUUAAGAAAACUUUUUAUUAAAGUUUAAUUUGAUUGUAAUUUUACACAAAUGAAAAUGAUGUUCAAGCUAGACUCAUGCUGCAUUCUCUUAGAAGUUAGCUGUCGAAAUUUCUGAUUGCUGGAACCAAAAAACGCAUCCACAAGUCAAUACAUUGCAUUAGCACUUCUGUCUAUGUGUGUCCCAUUAAAUCAGUCUUACAAACCAGUUACAACCUAUUUCUACCUAUGGAUAUGUUUGAGUAUGUGUUCCAUAUAUGUUUGAAAGUCCAUAAUACCAUGUUAUGGUUUGUUAUUGUUCUAACUAGGCGUGGGCGAUAUGACCCUAAAAUAAUAUCACAAUAUUUCCUGGUAUUUUCACGAUAUGACAAAACACCGAAUGAAAAAAAAAUAUUUAUAAAAUAUAUUACUGCAACAAAAUGAAAAAUACAUUUUGUUAUUGCAUACGAUAUGAUAUGGCACACCCCUAACUGAGAUAUUACAAAAUACGAGAAAUUGAUCAGAUUUGUAAAGGAAAUCAAUGAUCCAGAAUGUCAUGAUACUAAUAAGGCACUCCAAACAUCUCCAUAUAUCCAGGAUUAAAGUAAAAUAAAUGAUACUGGACAGAUAUAAUCUGUCUCUAGUAGAUAUAUAAUGGGAAAUGAGAACAGUGUGAAUUUUUCUUUUGCUAAAAACAGCAAAAAAGUACUACCCUGAUGUGAUAAUUAGGAGUGGGGGUUAUGGCACAAUAUUUCAGGGUAUUGUUCACAAUAUCUUUCAAAAAUGUUGACGAUAUUAUUGCGUAUGAUACAAUAUGGCACACGCCUAGUGCUAACAGUGCUAUUUUGGGACAUAAAAGCUGGAUUUGUCAUAAAACACCAGUAGAAAUCAAACCAAUUGUGGUCAACUUAAAUUGUUUUUUGGAAAUAUGUUUAAUUAUAUAUUAUAUGAUAAACUGAAACACAGUCAACUUAAAUGUGAUGUCAUUCCCUGCCCUGACAUCUGAUUUAUAAGCUAACUGAAAUGCAGCAUUAGUCAUUAGUCUUGAAUCCAUGUUGCAGUGCUCUCAUAUACAUACAUGCAUUCCCCUUGAGUACUACAAUAUGAUUAGAAAUCAUCAUAAUUAUUUUUCUUACUACUUUUAUAUGCUUCUAAUAUUGCAAUACUUUGAUCUCACCUCUAAAAAGCAUGAUUACUCCUACAGAUCUGGGUGCAGCAGAUCAGUUACGAUUGUACAUGAUAACUCCUAUACAUGAUUCCUUGCUUCUGUUUUCAGGUAUUUGUAAUGUGGAGGUGUUUAUGAAAUGUUCUGAGUCAGUGUGAUUCCUCAUUGUUGUAGUGUUAGUCAUUUGGGAACACUCUUAUCUUCACUGGUUAACUGAUUGCAUUAAUUUUCUGUAGAUUUGUAUGUAUGUGGUAAAAAAAAAUGUAUGUAAACUAUUUUUGAAUAGUUUGUAAAGUGAAAGUCAUUAAUCAGUUUCUGAAUUAUUUCAGGUAAUUACAGUUAAAUUGUGGUCAGAAAAGGUACAGCGCAAUUUGUACAGCUUAAAACACUUGACAAGUAUGCGUAUUUCAUAAAUCUGCAAGUAUUAUGUAGUGUAUUAUGGUUCUUAAGUCUCACAGGACAAGAAAAAUUACAAUUUUCAGUGCUAAUAACAGUGAAAGUAGUUGUACAUCAUGUCUGUGCCACAUUUUAACAUUGUAUUUGGGGAAAAUCCUUAGAAGUUACCUUUUUUCUAUGCUUUGAUUCUAACUUUAAUUUAUUUACAGGACCGUAAGUGCAAUAUUUAUUGUAAUGGGGAAAUGCAUCUGAGUGGGACAACUUAUUGUACAAAAAGAGAAAUAACUUAAUGUGUUAUAAUCAAAAGGAAUGUACAAAAUACUGAUUAAAAUUAUAUAUCUGAAAA